GACGGAGUGCUGACAGUGCAAUUCGGAGAGCAGCAUGGCACCUACGUCAUCAACCGUCAGAGUCCCAACCUGCAGAUCUGGCUGAGUUCCCCCUCAAGUGGCCCCAAGCGCUAUGACUACCUCCCCUCCCGACAGUCCUGGAUCUACAAACACGACAACAAGUCGCUGCACCAGUUACUACAGGAAGAGAUCACCGAAAUAGUUGGUGAGGAUGUUGUCAACUUCUAUGGUUGUGCGUAUUCCGGAAGUGAUUCUAGUCAAUGA